AUGGAUAAAAUAAAUUCAUUGAUAACUUUGCAAGAAGACAGAUUAGAACAGGUGCAGAAAGCACAACUAAAUUUCAACAAAUCACCCAAACAAAGAAUAAAUUUAAGUUAUUUGGAGACUCGUUUAGAAACUUUAGAAAAUAUCAAUAAUUUGUUUACAAAAUGUCAUGAAGAAAUAACAUCAAAGAUUCCACGAGAUGAAAGGACAACAAUUGGUUAUUUUAUAACAGAUACAUUUGAAAAGUUUGAAGAACUAUAUACUAAUUAUAAAGGUACACUUAAGGAAAAAAUGAAAGAGUUUUGUCAGUCACAACAAAUGAGAACACUAAGUCCGAGUAGAACCACAAAUUUACCAGAGGUUAAAUUGCCUACCAUCCACAUACCAACUUUCUCAGGAAAAUACACAGAAUGGCCAUCUUUCAGCGAUUUGUUUAUAUCGAUAAUACACAACAAUGCAAGCUUGGACGAUGUUCGCAAAUUACACUAUUUGAAAUCACUCCUGUCAGGAGAAGCGGAGCAGCUAUUGAAAACUAUAACUGUAACUAGUCAAAAUUAUACCUUAGCAUGGGAGACAAUAUCAAAAAGAUAUAACAAUGUUAAAUACAUUUCUAACUGCAUUUUAAAAAGACUGUUUGGAAUAAAGACGAUCACAUCUGAAUCAGGACAGCUCCUUAAACAAUUACUAGACAUCACAUCGGAAUGUAUCAACUCAUUGUCAAAUAUUGGGAUUACAACGGAGAAUUGGGAUGUCAUUGUGGUGUACCUUACGGUUACCAAGUUAGAUCCAACCAGCCACAGGCUAUGGGAACAACAUGUAUGUACCAGUGAUGACCUACCGACUUUUCAAAUGCUGUGUCAGUUUUUGGAAACAAGGUUCCGAGCUUUAGAGAUGUGCGAGUCAAAUUUAAAAACUGUGAAAUCAAAAUUGUUUCAUGUAAAUACAAUGCAGCACAAUUGUAUAUUUUGUAAAGGCGAUCAUUACAUAUAUCAAUGCAAGCAAUUUUCUAAGAAAACUUACAGUGAAAGAAGAGACUUCGCCCAAGCAAAUAAGUUAUGUUUCAACUGUUUAAUUCCUAAUCACGAUUCGAGGCGGUGUAUGAGAAAUACCUUUUGUAGAGUCAGUGGAUGCAAUAAAAAACACCACUCGUUGUUACAUCCUGAGAAAAAAUACACAAACCAAGAAACACAGGAGUUAACCAAUCAAGAAGAUAAAAACAUAGUUGCACAUUUUAUAAAACAACCUGGUCAAGUUUUGCUUGCUACAGCACUGGUUGAUGUGGCUUGGAAAAAUAAUAAAACACACACCUACCGUGCCCUUAUUGACCCAGGAUCACAGGCCACAUUCGUGACAGAAGACCUUGUUCAAUCUGCAGGAUUGAAAAGAAUUAAAAUCAACGGAUUGGUCUCAGGACUUAGUGAAGGGAGCUCAGUACAUGUUAAGUACAUGGUUGAAUUUAGAAUACGCUCAAGGAUUGAACCACACUUCACUCUGUCUGUAAAUGCUUAUGUACUGAAGAAAAUUACAAACCACUUACCAUCACAGCAAUGUAUCGUCACCAACUGGCCAGACUUAGAACAAAUUACACUAGCCGAUCCUACUUUUAAUAUGCCGAAUAAAGUGGAUCUGUUGCUAGGGGCCGAAGUGUAUGCACAAAUAAUCAACGAUGGAUUGUUGAAGAGUCCAGGCGGUGUUGUUGCCCAAAAAACACAUCUGGGCUGGAUUCUGUCAGGUGGAACAACUGAAACAAAACAAAAUGUUGUAGUUAAUAUGCACAUUUGUGAAUGUGAAAGUACAUUAUUAAAAAAAUUUUGGGAAAUAGAAAAUGAUGUACUUACCUCAGAAAGAAAACAAACCAAAGAUGAGAUGAGAUGUGAAGAGAUUUACAAAAAUACAACAAUUAAAACUAAAGACAAUAGAUACAAAGUUUGCUUACCCUUUAAAGACGGAUGUGAGAAACCCGCAGAAAUAUGUGGAAAUACAAGGGAAGUAGCCAUAUCUCGAUUUGUUCAACUAGAGAGGAGGUUCAAACGAGAUCCAGAGUUUAAAGAAGAUUACACCAAGGUUAUUCAUGAAUACUUAGACCUUGGGCAUAUGGAGAUAGCCGACAAUGAUAUUAAAAAUACAGUUUACUUACCGCAUCAUGCCGUUAUAAGAAAUGAUAAAAUCACUUCGAAAACAAGAGUCGUUUUUGAUGCUUCGGCAAAGGGCUCAAACUUCAAAUCAUUAAAUGAUACUUUACUGGUUGGACCAACAUUACAAAAAGAUCUACGCACUUUAAUUAUGAAUUGGAGACAGUACAAAAUCGUCUUGGUCAGUGAUUUAGUAAAAAUGUAUCGUCAAGUGCUAAUAGCUGAUGAACAUACAGAUUACCAAAGAAUAAUCUGGAGAGACGAUCCCGAUGAACAAUACAAAUCAUAUAAACUGCUUACUGUUACCUUUGGAACAGCCUCCGCACCUUAUCUAGCAGUACGGACACUUCUACAAACAGCUGAAGACAAUAAGAAAGAUUAUCCGUUGGCUGCUGAAAUAACCAAAACAUCAUUUUAUAUGGAUGAUUUACUUACCGGUUGUCAUUGCGUAGACCAAGGAAUAGAAAUCUACAAUCAGAUGAAUGAAUUAAUGGCUCACGGUGGAUUUGAAUUGAGAAAAUGGUGCAGCAACUCAAAUGAAUUGUUGGCAAGGAUAAGUAAAGACAAACAGCAUCUGGAAGAAACAUAUGAAAUUAAAUUUGAUAAUAUUGUGAAAAUAUUAGGAUUGUGCUGGGACAGAAAUCAAGACAAAUUUAAAUUCUCUGUCAACCUACCUGAAAUUGCAGAAAUUGUAACCAAACGUAAGGUUUUGUCUGAUGUAGCACGGUUGUUUGAUCCGUUUGGAUGGCUGGCACCUAUUAUCAUAGUUGCAAAAGUAUUUUUACAAAAAUUGUGGCUUUCUAACUCUGGAUGGGAUGAUCAGCUUCCUCCACAGUUACUUGAUGAAUGGAAAACAUACAGAAAUCAAUUGAAAUAUUUACAAAACAUAGAGUUAGACCGUUGGCUAAGUAUUUGCCCAAAUCAAACAUCUGUUGAAAUUCAUGGAUUUGCUGAUGCCUCCAUGGUAGCAUAUGCUGCAGUUGUCUAUACUAAGGUUAUCACUGAUGAUGAAAAGGUCAUAGUCACAUUGUUGGAAAGUAAAACAAAGGUUGCACCUCUAAAACAAAUUUCGGUUGCACGACUUGAGUUGUGUGCAGCACAUUUAUUAGCUAAAUUGUUAUCACAAACAGCCAACAACUUAAAAAUACCGAAAUCUCAAAUAUAUGCUUACACUGAUUCAACUGUUGUAUUGGCAUGGAUAGAAGGACAGCCGAAUAAGUGGCAAACUUUUGUAGCAAACAGAGUUUCGGAAAUACAAACCUUAUUGGACAACCAUGUUUGGAAUCAUGUGACUUCAAAGGAAAACCCUGCUGAUUUGGCCUCCCGUGGGAUCCAGCCUUCUGAUCUUACUAAUUGUUCACUGUGGUGGCAAGGGCCAAAUUUUCUGAAAGAAAGAGUUAAUAAAAGAAAUAGAAAUAAAGCUUACACUACAAAUCUAGAGGAAAGAAAACAAAAUAUUAAAUCAUUUCACAGUGAAAUGGAAGAAAAACCAAUUUAUGAAAGAUUUUCAUCGUUAAACAAAUUGAUAAGAGUACUUUCUUACUGCCGACGAUUUCUGCAUCUGAAACAUAAAAAGGAAAUUAGUAUGAAUAAAACUACUUAUCUUAACACUAAAGAAAUGAAAGAAACAUUACAAAUAUGUAUUACAAUAGCACAAAGAAAAGAAUUUAUGGAAGAAAUAAAGGAUUUAAAGGAGAAAGGAAGUGUAAAGAAAAGAAGCAAGUUGUUAACACUUUCACCGUAUCUAGAUGAACAGCACAUAUUAAGAGUCGGUGGUCGCUUGCAAGGAGCAAAAAUCUCAACUGAAGUAAGGCAUCCUAUAAUCUUACCUAAAGGUUCACACUUGACUAUGCUGAUCAUUAGAGAUGCUCACAUAAAGCUCUUACAUGGAGGAAAUCGUUUGGUAGCUAAUUAUAUACAAAAUCAAUAUUGGGUUAUUGGAUUAAAACCUAUGAUAAAGGGAAUUUUAAGAAAAUGUGUUAUCUGUUUAAGACACAAGGGUAUAACUGUACAACCGAGAAUGGGAGAACUUCCAGCUAUACGAAUAACUCCUGGUAGACCGUUCGAAGUAAGCGGUUUAGAUUUUGCCGGACCUGUGCAAAUGCGACCUUACAAGGGUAGAGGAUAUAAAUCUGUUAAAGGAUAUAUAUGUUUAUUUGUAUGCAUGAAAACAAAGGCUGUACACUUAGAAGUUGUAAGUGAUCUUACCUCACAAGGUUUCCUCGCAUGUUUCAAAAAAUUUGUGGCCAGAAGAGGGCACUGUAGUCAAUUGUGGAGUGACAAUGCUACCAAUUUUGUGGGUGCAGCCAGAGAACUGAAAGAAAUGUUUGAUCAAGCCAAGUCCAACUUACCAAAAGAAAUUGCAGAGUCGCUAGCUAAUGAUGGAACAACAUGGAAUUUUAUCCCGCCUAGAGCACCUAAUUUUGGCGGUCUGUGGGAGUCAGCAGUGAAGUCAGUAAAAAAUCAUUUAGUCAAGGUCUUGGGAAACUCAACUCUUACAUUCGAGGAAAUGUCAACACUUUUAGCACAAAUUGAAGCUUGUUUAAACUCCAGACCUAUUGGUGAACUCAAUGAUCACCCAGAUGACUUGAUGCCUUUAACUCCAGCACAUUUUUUGAUUGGAGAAUCAACCAUGUUAAUACCUGAACCUAGUUAUGAAAAUGUUAAACUAAAUGCACUUGAUCGGUGGACAUUAAUCCAAAAAAUGACACAACACUUUUGGCAACGUUGGUCGAAUGAAUAUCUUCAUCUGCUGCAACAAAGACAAAAAUGGCACAAAUCUUCUCCGUAUCCAGAGGUGGGACAAGUGGUGUUGAUUAAGGACGACGACUUACCACCUACAAAAUGGUCAAUGGGCCGAGUUACAGGACUGCAUGUUGGGCCAGAUAACCAAGUAAGAGUGGCUGAGUUAAAGUGUAAGUCGACUAUUUUGAAGCGCCCAUUGAACAAACUUGUAAUGCUGCCAAAAGACAACAAUUAA